UAAGUAAAAAAUGGUUCUGUAGAAUUUUGUAUUCACAAUACAGAGUAUAGAGUGCGUCUAUUGAAAUUGCCUAUAUGUAUAGGCAACAGCAAAUGAAUAAUCAAUGGUCGGUUUACCAGUUGAUGCAAGAUGCGUCGUCUGCAGUGGGUAGAUAACUCCCGAUAAAUCUAGCAAAACGGCGCGGAGCACAAAAGCAAGGAUCUGUCGUACGACACUACAGCUUAUCAUAUGUACCAUUGACACCCGAAUCUCACACGGCAACUGUUGUUGAGUGUUGAAUGUGACCACCUGGAUCAAGAUCAAAGUAAACAAACAUCGAAUUGUAGGCCCAGUGUCUGAAAAAUAGGGUUUUCUAGAGGAUGGAGAUAUGAGAAGGUCUGCCGCCCCCAGCCAGCUGAACCCAGCGAAAAGGACAAAGUUCUCUGUACCGUACAAGAACCCAAUUUCUCCCAGUUUGCAUGACAACCAAGUUGUGGUGCCAGAGCCAAAGAGAACUGUCCUGUCUGACCUUGUGUGUACAUCAGAUGCUUCAUCCACCCCUUCAGAUGACAGAGACGUUCAGGCUGAGGAGCCUGUGCAUUCAUCAUGUGUCUCAGGUGGAAGCAAUGUUGCACCACCUCUUCAGCAAGACAUUGUUGUCGCUACACAGACCGAGAAGACACAAGCCUCAUCAGCCAUAAAGGCCAAAUUCUCAUCACCUCUUUUGGGAGUCAGCAAGUUCCGGUCUCCUUUGGGUAGAGUGGCUGAGAGGAAUACUCCACACAUUCAAAAUGCUGGGAAAACUCACGCAGAAACAAGCACCUCAGCAACAAAGUCAGAAGCAACAUCGCAGAAGAACUACCUCAGUGUUGUUUGGUGUAAACGGUCCAAGAAGAAGCACAAGAAGUGGGAAGGAGAUGCUGUGCUGGUGACUCAAGGCAGAAGUGUCACUCUGUAUGACAUGGAGAGCAAAGAGAUUGGUCGAGGCAGUGGUUACAAGGCCGGUGAGCUGGCGUCCCUGAAAGAAGAUGAAACCCUUUGUGUUGGUGGCAAGGAAAUACAAGUCAUGUCAGUACUGACAGAGGAGCAGUUCACGUCAGGGAAGUGUUUUACCAGCUCUGCAGGUCCUGCCCCACUUGUUGCUGUUCAACACAACACAGGUAUAAAGAAACCAUUCAUGGAUCCAAACAAGAACAAACAUGAUGUAGCCUCCAAGGUUAGAACUGAUAUUUGUGUGAAGCCCCGAUUUGACCCCACUGUCCCAGGAGCUCUUGUGAUGACGAGGCCCAACUCUUCACAUCAGUGGGAGUUCAACAGACAGAAGCUGGCUGUGCUGGAUGUAGUGGUAGACCCUUACCUGUCUACCCAUCUGCGGGCACACCAGCGGGACGGGGUGCUGUUCCUGUACGAGUGCGUCAUGGGCUUCAGAGACUUUGCAGGACAAGGGGCCAUCUUAGCUGAUGACAUGGGCCUGGGCAAGACUCUGCAGUGUAUCACCAUGCUUUGGACGAUGUUGAAGCAGGGUCCGUAUGGAGGCAAGCCUGUGAUACGGAGAGCUCUCAUUAUCACCCCCGGCAGUUUAGUUAAGAACUGGUUUCAAGAGUUUAAGAAGUGGCUAGGUUCUGAGAGACUGAAGGUGUUUGCUGUUGCUGCCAACAACAGAGUUGAGGAAUACACAAAAACCGCCAUCUACCCAGUGCUCAUCAUAUCUUAUGAAAUGUUUGUAAGAGCGUAUGAAGUGAUCCAGGAAGUCCACUUUGACAUAGUUAUAUGUGAUGAAGGCCAUAGGCUGAAGAAUACAGCAAUCAAGACUACCUCAUUAAUCAUGAAUUUGCCGACCAGAAGACGUGUUAUUCUUACAGGCACUCCUAUACAGAAUGACCUUAAGGAGUUCUACUCCAUUGUGGAGUUCUGUAACCCUGGCGUCCUAGGUUCUAGUGCUGCGUUUCACCGGGUGUAUGAAGAUCCCAUUGUGGCAUCCCGGCAACCAGGUGCCUCCCAGGAGCAGAUCAGUCUUGGGGAGGAGAGGGGGGCAGAACUGACCAGACUCACCAAGAUGUUCAUCCUGCGGAGAACUCAAGAAAUAAACAACAAAUACCUGCCUCCUAAAGCGGAGCUUGUAAUAUUCUGUCGUGCAAGUCGUCUCCAGCUCUGCCUGUACCGCCAGUUCCUCCAGUGUCGACUCAUCCGGCGCUGCCUGUCUGGGAAUGUGGAAGGGGCACCACACCUCAUCUGCAUCGCCGCUCUCAAGCAGCUGUGUAACCACCCCAACCUGGUGCUCAGGAAGGCCAUGGAGGCAGCAGAUGAGGGAGGAGACGAGGAAGAGUCUGUGUACUCCGGCCUGCUUGCCCACUUCCCGGAGGAUGUCUCCCUGGAGAGGGUGGUGACACAACACUCCGGCAAACUGGCGGCACUCUCCUCUAUCCUACAGUCCCUGCACUCUGAACGACCCCAGGAGAAGGUGGUACUGGUCUCCAACCACACCAAGACUCUGAAUAUGCUGCAAGUGUUUUGUGACAGUGUCGGCUUCAAGUGGGUUCGUCUUGACGGCCAAACACCUACAUCACAGAGACAAGACAUUGUCAACAAGUUCAACAGUAAACACUCUCAAGAAACUGUGUUUCUGCUGAGCUCCAAGGCUGGGGGAGUUGGCCUGAACCUGGUUGGUGCGUCCAGACUCAUCCUGUACGACAUCGACUGGAACCCUGCCAAUGAUCUCCAGGCUAUGGCCAGAGUGUGGAGAGAUGGUCAGUCCAGGAAGGUGUACAUUUACAGACUUCUCACCACAGGCACUAUCGAGGAAAAGGUGUACCAGCGCCAGAUCAGCAAGCAAGGGCUUAGUGGUGCUGUAAUGGAUCUCAGACAGAAGAAUGAUGUUCAGUUUUCUGUAGAGGAUCUCAAGGACCUGUUCACCCUCAGUGAGAGGACUGUGUGUGAAACUCACACUCUGCUGGACUGCCAUUGUGGGGGGAAGGGACUGCUGCCACCUGAGACUGUCACCCACACCACAGAGAUGCCACGGCUAUGCCAGCUAGGAACUGCUGCCGUCAAAUCUCACUCCAAGAAGAACUUUUCAAUGGAUGAACUGCUUGACUGGCAUCACCUCACUGGGGAGAAUUCUGCCACCUUUGAUCCCAGCUGGCAUAUAUCUGGUGCUGAAGAUGUAAUUUCCUUUGUGUUCUGGAAUGAGACCAAGACAGCUUCACUUUCAUGAUGUUGAGAUUCUCAGACUAAGGCCUCUACAUGUCAGUAGCAAGGACUGGUUUCACUUCAUCAUAUCAGCAUACUUCAACACCAUCUGUCAUUAUCAUAAACAAAGCAUCUGAUAAGUGUCUUCCCUGGCCAAGCCAUUAUUGUCUGUCUUGGUUGAGCGUGUGGCACCAUAGCUGGGUGCCAGGAUUUAUUGUCUGUCUUGGCUUAGCAUGUGACGUAAUAGCUGGAUGCCAGGCUUUUUUGUGUAUCCAGGCUGAGCAUUUGGCAUACUUUGGAUGCCAGGCCCUUGUUAUGUAUCCACGCUGAGCGUGUGGCAUACUUUGGAUGCCAGGCCCUUGUUGUGUAUCCAGGCUGAGCGUGUGGCAUACUUUGGAUGCCAGGCCAUUGUGUAUCCAGGCUGAGCGUGUGGCAUACUUUGGAUGCCAGGCCCUUGUUGUGUAUCCAGGCUGAGCGUGUGGCAUACUUUGGAUGCCAGGCCCUUGUUAUGUAUCCACGCUGAGCGUGUUGCAUACUUUGGAUGCCAGGCCCUUGUUGUGUAUCUAGGCUGACCGCGUGACAUACUUUGGAUGCCAGGCCCUUGUUAUGUAUCCACGCUGAGUGUGUGACAUACUUUGGAUGCCAGGCCCUUGUUGUGUAUCCACGCUGAGCGUGUGACAUACUUUGGAUGCCAGGCCCUUGUUGUGUAUCCACGCUGAGCGUGUGGCAUACUUUGGAUGCCAGGCCAUUGUGUAUCCAGGCUGAGCAUGUGGCACCCACUAGAUGCCAGGCCCUUGUUAUGUGUCCAGGCUGAGCAUGUGGCAUACUUUGGAUGCCAGGCCCUUGUUGUGUAUCCAGACUGAGCAUGUGGCACCAUAGCUGGAUACCAGGCCCUUGUGUAUUCAGGCUGUGCGUGUGACAUACUUUGGAUGCCAGGCCCUUGUUAUGUAUCCAGGCUGAGCAUGUGGCAUACUUUGGAUGCCAGGCCCUUGUUAUGUAUCCAGGCUGAGCAUGUGGCACCAUAGCUGGAUGCCAGGCCCUUGUUGUGUAUCAAGACUGAGCAUGUGGCACCAUAGCUUGAUGCCAGGCCCUUGUUAUGUAUCCAGGCUGAGCGUGUGACAUACUUUGGAUGCCAGGCCCUUGUUGUGUAUCCAGGCUGAGCGUGUGACAUACUUUGGAUGCCAGGCCCUUGUUAUGUAUCCAGGCUGAGCAUGUGGCAUACUUUGGAUGCCAGGCCCUUGUUGUGUAUCCAGACUGAGCGUGUUGCACCAUAGCUGGAUGCCAGGUCCUUGUUGUGUAUCCAGACUGAGCAUGUGGCACCAUAGCUGGAUGCCAGGUCCUUGUUGUGUAUCCAGGCUGAGCGUGUGGCACUAUAGCUGGAUGCCAGGCUUUAUGUAUAUGGCUCAUGGAUAGUGAGAUGUCACAUCAAUCAUUGGUUUGUCUACGUCCAGUCUCCUGUAUCUAGAUUAUUGCUCAUGCAGUCAUGUAUCAUGGACAUUAAAUGCAAUUACAGACAAAUCAUUUUGAGUAUCAUAGAAUAAUGUACAUUCUGUAAAUAAAUCAGGACCAAAA